AUGGCCGAGGCCUUAGUUGGAGUUGUGUUUCAGAAUUUGUCAUCUCUUCUUCGGGAUAAAUUUUCCACCUUGUUCGGAAUCGAGUCAAAGAUGGAAAAGCUAUCAAACACCUUAGUUAGCAUCAACGCUGUCCUUGAAGAUGCUGAGCGGAAACAAGUCACGGACCGGUCUAUAAAAGUAUGGCUGCAACAACUCAAAGAUGCUGUAUAUGUGCUUGAUGAUAUCCUUGAUGAAUAUUCCAUUGAAUCUACCCGGCUGAGGGGCUCACUUUCUAUCAACCCAAAGAACUUAGUUUUUCGUCGUGACAUAGGCAACCGGUUGAAAGAUAUUACAAGGAGAUUAGAUUAUAUUGCUGAUGGUAAAAACAACUUUCUUCUACGACAUGAUAUUACUAUUACUGAUAGCUCAAUUGAAGUGCCUGAAUGGCGCCAAAUCAGCCCUUUUAUUGCUGAACCAACAGUUUUUGGACGACAACAUGAUAACGACAAGAUUGUUGAGUUUCUCCUCACCCAACCGACGGAUUCUGACUCUCUUUCCAUCCUGCCCAUUGUUGGCUUAGGCGGUAUUGGAAAAACAACUCUUGCUCAGUUGGUCUACAAUGAUGUUAGGGUGACUAACAAUUUUGAUACAAAAAUCUGGGUUUGCGUUUCUGAGGUAUUUUCCGUCAGGAGGAUUCUAUGUUCCAUUAUAGAAGCUAUCAAAUCUGACAAGUGUGAUUCCUUGGAUUUAGAUGGAUUACAAAUAAAGGUGCAAAGUUUGUUGCAAGGUAAAAGAUAUUUUCUAGUUUUAGACGAUGUAUGGAACAAAACUAAAUAUUUAGAAUCUGGGUUAAGCCAAGAGAAAUGGAUUAAGUUGAAAUCCAUGUUGUUGUGUGGAUCCAAAGGUUCUUCCAUUUUAGUUUCCACUCGAGAUGAGUAUGUUGCGGAAAUUGUGAGAACAUGCCAAACCUAUCAUUUGUCUUGUCUCCCUCAAGAUGAAUGUUGGUUGUUGUUCAAACAAUAUGCAUUUGGACAUGAAGGAGAAGAACGCGCUGAACUGGUGGAAAUAGGUAAGGAGAUAGCGAAGAAAUGCGGUGGAUUGCCUCUUGCGGCACAAGCAUUGGGAAGUCUAAUGCGAUCAAAGAGUGAAGAAAAAGAUUGGCUUGAAGUUAAAGAGAGCAGAAUUUGGGAUUUAGCACAUGAGAAUUCAAUCUUGUCUGUCUUGAGGUUGAGCUACUUUCAUUUUACUCUGACCUUAAAGCAAUGUUUCUCUUUUUGUGCUAUAUUUCCCAAAGAUUGGAUAAUCAUGAAAGAAGAACUGAUUCAUCUUUGGCUGGCUAAUGGAUUUAUUUCGCCUAGAGAAAAUUUGGAGGUCGAAGAUGUUGGCAGCAUGAUCUGGAAUGAAUUGUGCCAAAAAUCAUUCUUUCAAGACAUCAAGAUCGAUGAAUAUUCUGGAGACAUUUCUUUCAAGAUGCAUGAUCUUGUCCAUGAUCUUGCUCAGUCGAUAAUGGGGCAAGAUUGUAUGAUUUUAGGGAAUGCUGAAAACAUGGCUAAUUUGUCUAAAAGUACACAUCAUGUUAGUUUUCACUUUGCUUCUCAUUUAUCAGUUGAUAAAAGUUCCUUGAAAAAAGUAGAAUCCCUACGCACAAUGUUUGAGUUGAAUCAUUAUGCUUAUGAACACACUGAUUACUUCCCAGCAAACUGUUCUCUACGGGUUUUAAGCAUCUCCCCUACCCAGGUAUCAUCACUCGGAAGCUUAAUUCAUUUGAGGUAUUUGAAACUUCAUGGUUGCGACAUUAAAAACAUCCCUGACUCAAUUUACAACUUGCAUAAACUGGAAGUCUUGAAAUUGAUAAAUCUUUCCAAACUGACAUGUCUACCGAAACGUUUGGCUUGCUUACAAAAUCUUAGGCAUCUUGUCAUUGAAGAUUGCUAUUCACUUUCUCAAUUGUUUCCCUACAUUGGAAAAUUAACUUGCCUUAGAACACUAAGUGUAUACAUCGUUAGUAUAGAGAGAGGACAAGGCUUGGCAGAACUACGUGAUCUAAACCUCAGAGGAAAGCUAAAUAUCAAAGGGUUAAAAGAUGUUGGUAGUCUAUCCCAUGCUCAAGAUGCCAAUUUGACAGCUAAAACAGAACUCCAUGAAGUAUCCAUGUCAUGGAGCGUCAAUGAUAGAAUUACUGAGACCCCGAGUUUUAAUUCCGAGCAAGUACUAGAAGGGCUUCAACCUCACACAAAUCUCAAAAGCUUGAAGAUAUAUUACUAUAAUGGAUUAUGUUUCCCAAAUUGGAUCCAAACUCUAACUAGUUUAGUUUCUCUUGAACUCAAGGGUUGCAACAAGUGUGUGCGGGUUUCACUACUUGGUAAACUACCAUCUCUUAAGAAACUGGAACUACACGAUAUGAAUAAUGUGAAAUUUGUGGAUGAUGAGGAUGAGGAAUGUCACGACAAUAUGGAUGUGAAGAUUUUCCCAUCUCUUGAGGAACUCAUAUUAUUUAGGUUACCAGGAUUAGAGAGGUUGUUGAAAAUGGAAAGAAGGGAGAUGUUUCCUUGUCUUUCUGUUUUAAAAAUAUCCUUUUGCGAUAAACUUAGAUUGCCAUGUCUUCCUUAUGUUAAUGACCUACAAGUAGUUGGAUGUAACAUUGAAUUAUUGAGUUCAAUCUCUAGCUUCGAUGGUCUUACUACCCUUAACCUUAGUGAAGGUAGAGGAAUAACAUCCUUUCCAGAGGGGAUGUUCAGAAACCUUACUUGUCUUCAAACUCUAACAGUAAAUAAAUUUUCCAAGUUGAAGGAGUUACUAAAUGAGCCCUUUAACGUUAUCUCUUCCAGCCAUGAGCUUAAUUGGAAAGGUAUGCAAUCCCUUCGAACCUUGACAAUUACUGAUUGUGAAGAAUUGAGAUGCUUGCCGGAGGGUAUUCGAUUCCUCACUUCUCUAGAGGAUCUGACAAUUUAUGGUUGCCCAACAUUAGAAGAGCUAUGCAAGAAGGAAACAGGGGAGGAUUGGAACAGGAUAGCACAUAUUCCGAAUUUAGAUAUUUCUUUAUGA